ACUAGUUAGAGAGUUAUUUUGCCUUUGUGACAUUUAAAAUGUUUCAUCGUUAGCCUGAUUUUCAGUGAAACACUAUUAAAUUUAUUAUUUUUUGAGAAGUAUCCAAUUCUGGAAAGGCUAUUUGUGAUGGUUUUAGAAAACAAAAUCCCAAAACAUCGGUAAUUCAAGAUUUCUUUGGUUGAAAGCUAUACAUUUGGUUUCCUCAAUGGAAAAGAAGAUCAAACUGAAGACACUGAACCCUCAUAUCACAUGCAAGCUAUGUAAGGGUUACCUUGUUGAUGCUACCACUGUCACAGAGUGUUUACAUACAUUCUGUAAAAGUUGCCUUGUGAAACACCUUGAAGAUAACAACACCUGUCCAACUUGUGAAAUAGUCAUUCAUCAGAGCCAUCCACUUCAGUAUAUAAGCUACGACAGAACAAUGCAGGACAUUGUAUUUAAGCUUGUGCCUAAUCUACAAUCUAAUGAAAUAAAGAGAGAAAAGGACUUUUACAGAAGAAGAGGCCUCCCUUAUCCUAAGGGCAAUCUUCUUGCACUUGGAGAUAAGGAUUCCCCUUUACAGGCAUCUUCCUCCAGAGAAGAAGACACAGACAGUCACCGAUUAGAUGAGCAAGUGAACAUUCUUCUUGAAUCUCAAAACAAUGGACUUAAACAGAUGAGAAGAAAGUUUAUCCGCUGCUCAGCUCAAGCAACAGUGACCCAUCUAAAAAAGUUUAUAGCAAAGAAGUUGUUUAAUAACUUAGAAAAAUAUAGAGAAGUUGAUAUACUUUGUAAUGAAGAAAUCCUGGGUAAAGAUCACACACUAAAGUUUGUUUGUGUCACUCGUUGGAGGUUUCAGGAGCCUCCCUUAAGACUGUACUACAGACCACGGGUAGACUUGUGACCAAAACUGUAGUUGUAAGGCAUCUGUAAAUAAAUGUACAUAAAUUCAUCUUUUUUUUAUCUUUUUUUUUACACCACCAGUUAGAAGACAUAAGUCAUUCUUCAUAUAGUUUUUUGAACAAUGAAUGAUCUGAAAGAAGUUAAUUGUGCAUUUGUGUCAGUUAGUUAUUUAAGAAAUAGGGAUAUUGAACUCUUUUUGGGAACAAAAGGAAAAUAUUCUUGUGUCAAAAUGGAAGCUGAAAAGUUAGCGAACUAAUCUGUAAGCAGUAAGGUUAAAGGAAUUCCACAAGAUUAUAAUACUGAAAGCCAUUAAAGAGCAAAAGUAAUAAAGAAAAAAGGCAAUCAUAGUGUUUCUGUGUUUGUUUCACCAAUAUCAUUGAGGUACAAAGUGAAAUUCUUCUAAACAGCAUAGCUAAAUUUAGUUAACUAAUGCUAGUUUUAACAGAAAGCAGGUAAAUAUUAAAUUCCACAAAGUUUUGUUUUGUUAUAUUUUUUUCCUCUGAAAAUUUAAUCUAAUUUUUCACUGUCAUCAGAAUAUGUUGAAAUACGAUGGACAUAUAUCAUUUCUGAGAGAAUGGUAAGAAAAAAAUUUGACUUUCUAACUAAUGUUAUAUCAUAUAAAUUAAACCUGUAUAUAUAUUUUGAUUAUAAAAUGGUUUAUAUUGUUUAAUGAUAUAUCUACAGUUAAAUGGUGCACAUUAAUUACAGUGAAUCUACAUUCAGGUAAUAGUAAUGUUUUCAACAAUUGUGUUCAGAUUUGUUUUUAUAAAGCAUUCAUGUUCUACUUCCACACAAAUUGAUUACUUAUCUAACACUUAUGCAUGUACAUACUACUAAAACUGAAUGAAGGCUGCAACAAGUGUACAUCUUGUAAGGAAAAGUAGAUUUUUGUGUACAUAACAGGUAGUAUAUUUAGCAAGUUGUGAACUGUAUGUUUGUACAUGGGCUCAGUGCAACAAUUGAUAAAUGUUGUAUGUGAGAGAUUAUUUCAAGAAUCUCACUGUGGUGAGAAUAUGGACCCCUCCUCUACAAAAAUAAUACAAAUUGAAACAACCAAUAUAGAGAAAUAUAUAUCUCCUUAAAGAGUAUUUGGGGUAAAUUUUUUUAUGUAUGCCUAAAUAGUCCUUUCAUCUCAGGAUUAUUUAAAUAAAAAAGUACUCUGAUAAACACACUUUUUACAUCCUUGAAAUUUGAAAACAGCAGUGAUUUAAUAAAGAAUGGAUAAUUCAACUAGAACAUCCAAUGUUGAAUUGUGAAAGAUUCAGAAUGAUUAAGUUAUGAUCGUCAGUAAACAUAAGUUCAAAAGUCAGCACUUAUAUUUUUUACUUACAUAUGUCCACAUAAUUCUGUUUAAAAAAUGAUAAUUGGGUGUUUCUUGGUAGUGAGUUUGGAAUUAGCAUAUACUAAAUAGGAAUUGGUCGUAUGGCUUUGAAAAAAAGCAACAAGAGGAUUUAAAAAUUUUGGCUAUUUUUAGUUAUUAGCCGGAUUAUCUCAUUUAGGAUAAUUGAAAUAACCACUGAACCUUUUUAAAUCAGAAUAUAGAUAUUGUCACAUCACUGCCAUUCAAACAGUAUAAUUUAUUUAAAUCCUUUUGUGAUGUUUAUUGCAGGAAUUUAUAAAAUUUGAA